CUAUGAUUUUUCAAAAACGUUUACAGAAAACACAAGCCUGCACGGAGUGAGAUAUACCUACGGUGCUCACAGUUUUUUUGGGCGGACGGUAUGGUUACUAAUUGUGAUGAGCUUUUUCGUGUGGUUUAACUACCAAGUUUUGGAGAGAGUGCGGUACUACCAGACACAUCCUGUCACAGUCGACAUGAACAUUGCAUACAAUAACUCACUGGAAUUCCCAAGCGUGGCCAUCUGCAACACCAACCAGUUCAGAAUGAGCAAGGCAUGGGAGGCUGGUAUCUACAGAAAACUUGAAGUCUUCUACGGGGCUGACGCUGAAGCAAGGAGAAAUAUUACCAACUUAGAUGACCGGAAUAUGACCCAGACGCUGCUAGAUAUGGCCCACACGAAGGAAGAUUUGAUUAAAAAGUGCACAUGGAAAGGGCAUUACUGCAGCUAUCAUAACUUUACACAGCUGGUGACAGAUUUUGGAGUUUGUUACAUUUUCAAUGAUCUUCAAGCGAACGAGUCUGUCCGUGAUCCAAGUGACUAUGAAGUCGAGAACACGGGGGCAUCAUUUGGACUACAAUUGUACCUUAACGCCGAAGAGUACGAACGCUCACCCGGUCCCCGAUUACCAGCGGGAAUCCAGGUGCUGAUAUUCAACGGCAAUGACCGACCUCGGGUGUUAGAUUUAGGCACGGCUGCGUCAGUGUUUGAAAUUUCUAGAGCUGCCCUGCAUGUCUCAAGCAUGAGCCGCCUAUCAGAUCCUUACGGUGACUGCGCCUCGAAAAUACUGAGGGACUUCAAGGUGUACUCUUUCCAAUCCUGCCUGGCAGAGAUAUUCACCAACGCAACAGCAGAGCAAUGCGGUUGUAUCGGAUACGGACAAAGAUGGGUCGGACCCGACAGGCCUCCGUAUUGUAACUUUUCAACCAAGUAUGGUUGUUACCAUGACGUCAACGCCCGGUCAUUCACGCACUCGUGCACCCAUUCCUGCAAACGAAAGGACUACACUACAACCUUAUCCAAAACGGGCCUCUCCACGACUAGCAUCGGCGCCUUGCUGGAUGUCAUAGAGUCGGACGCGACCUUGCUGGCCAAGAAGGAGUUCAGGCCCCCCUACGUCACGAAAUGA